GCAAAAGACGGAAAUCUGCCUAAUAUCAUAUUAUCAGGACCACCAGGUACUGGAAAAACAUCAAGUAUUCUUUGUUUAGCUAGCGAAAUGUUGGGAUCUUCAUAUAAAAAUGCAGUAUUGGAAUUAAACGCAUCCAAUGAUAGGGGCAUCGAUGUUGUCAGGAAUAAAAUAAAAAUGUUUGCUCAAAAAAAAUUAUCCCUACCCAUUGGCAAACACAAGAUCAUACUUUUAGACGAGGCAGAUAGCAUGACGGAAGGGGCUCAACAAGCUCUCAGAAGAACGAUGGAAAUAUACUCAACUACCACUCGCUUUGCAUUAGCUUGCAAUAUAUCGGAGAAAAUAAUAGAACCUAUUCAAUCAAGGUGUGCAGUCAUACGUUUUACCAGAUUAUCAGAUGCCCAAAUUCUCAAUAAGCUUUUAGAAAUAUGCAAGAAAGAAGAUUUGAGUUACUCGGAAGAUGGUUUGGAAGCCGUCAUUUAUACAGCUCAAGGUGAUAUGCGGCAGGCACUUAAUAAUCUUCAAUCUACGAAUGCUGGUUUUGGACAUAUUAAUUCUGAAAACGUAUUCAAGGUUUGUGAUGAACCUCACCCAAUUCAAAUUAAAGCAAUGCUGGACCAUUGCAUCAAAGGAGAAUACAAGCCCGCUUAUACUAUAAUGGAAAAUUUUUGGCAUUCUGGAUUUUCGCCUGAAGAUAUAAUAGGCAGUGUUUUUAAAGUCUGCAAAACAUUAACAAAUGCGCCUUCUGAGAUGUGUAAACUUCAAUUUAUCAAGGAAAUUGGGUAUACGCACAUGAGAAUAUGUGAAGGAGUUAAUUCCCUAUUGCAAUUAUCUUCAUUAAUUUCAAAAUUAUGUCAUUUAUCGCAAAACCAAUCUAUUACAUCAUAGACAGAAUUACGAAUUAGA